AUGAAUCAAUCUAAUCUUCUUGAUUUACCUACUGAAAUAUUACUUAUUAUUUUAAAAAAGCUGGAUAAUAUGGAUAUACUUUAUUCAUUAUCAGGUGUUGAUAAUCAACAACUUGAUAGUAUAUUACAAGAAAAUACUUUUACUAACAAUCUUAAGUUUGUAAUAAUAACAUUAACUGAUGAUAUUUUAUCAAGUGCUGAUCCAGUAUUAAAUCGAUUUUGCAUAGAUAUCUUGCCAAAAAUUCAUUACAGUGUUAAAUCUCUUAUUCUUGAUUCAAUAUCUAUGGAAAAAAUUCUUCUUGCUGGUGAUUAUCCUAAUUUAACUCAACUUAAACUUUUCAAUUUUAAUGAAAACAUUGUUUCACGAUAUUUUACAGGUGAAUCACCUUUUCGACAUAUUUUUCAAGAACAAAUUACAGAUCUUAUUCUUGAUGAUUUACCCAAAUUGAAAUGUUUCUCAUUUACACCAUUAUCUUAUUGCUCAAGUGAGACAUAUGAUGCUAUGAUUUUACCUCUUUUUCGUCGUAUGAUAAAUCUUGAAGAAUUAACUUUGUCUAUUUUUGUUCAAGAACGAACACUUAUCGAUGGUACUUCUCUUUAUAAUGAAAUUUUUGUUUAUAUGCCGCGACUUAAUAUGUUUAACUUUUGGAUUUGUACUGAUAACAUGAUAAAUAAUUCAAUUCAUCAUCAUUUAUCUGAAGAUGAUAUUCAACAAACUUUUACUAAUAUUAUAUUUCAACAAGUGGAAUGUAUUAUCAAUCACUUCGCUCAUAUUAGUCAAUAUCAUGUUUUCUCAUUACCAUUUAUGUUUAGUUGUUUCGAUUAUAUUGGUAAUACAUUUCCAACUGUUAUUUUUAAUUAUGUUCGAAUUUUACGAGUGCAAGAUAAUGUUCCAUUCGAACAUGAAUUUUUCAUUCGAAUUGCUUGCUCGUUUCCAUUACUUCAACAAUUAACUAUUAAGAAUGUUAGACCACAAUCAUCAUUACCAGAUGAAUUAAACUCUAAUGAUAAUCAAUUAUAUUCAAUUGUUAAUUAUUCUUAUCUUAUUUCACUUUGCUUUGAAAUAGUUCAUCAUGAUUAUGUUGAACAAUUUCUUGAUGAUACAAAACACAUUUACCUCGUCUAA